AAGAAAUUGCUAAUCUUAGGAUCGAAAAUACAAAAUUAAAACAAAUCAUAAAACAAAAUCGAACUACUAACAAUGCUUCACAGUCUCCAGUUUCCCUGGCAUUAUCAGUAAUUUCACAAAUGCCUAUUCCAUCACCUAUUAAUACUCACUCUGAUGAAGAUAAUAGUACCAAUUCU